GCUCUGGGAAACCCGCAUGCGCUGUGAGGAACAGGUGAACCGGGCAGGCCGAAGACAAUGGCUGAAGAGCGGUUGGGGCUCGGUCUUCGCCUCAUCUUGUGCCUUUUCCACAGUUCCCGGCCGCAAACAGUUACACCAGACGAUGGGACGUCCAGCUAAAACAUCUAUUCUCCCCGAUCUGCGCUCCAGCCGUCCCCCCGGAAAGUUUUUCGAGGUACCCCGGGCAGGCUGAAAUUUGACCCGGGGCUCUGGGUCGGACUGGGCUCGCUCCUUGGCAGGCGAAGUUUGACAGCUCGAAGACACUUGUAAGUUUGCAGUCCGCUCGUUCAACUUGCACGGCUCGCCAAGGCGAUGGAAUGUCGUCCUCUGUAGCACUACGUAAUCAUCUAACUCGAGGAAAACCAAGGCUGUAGCUCUUCUUUGUGAUAAAAGUUGCCUGCAAAUGCAGCUACAGCACCGCUAUACUUUGCUGUAUACUGCUCGUAUGUUUAAACCCUCGCAUAACAGAAGCGAUGUAAACCUCGGCAGCUUGCUUCACUGGCAAGCAAACUAGAUAAUCAGAGGAUAGGAAAGAUUCUCUCAAAGAAGGAGAGGAGACUUGUUGUGCCUUAGAUAAUGUAUGGCCAACGCCCACACCUACCUGUGGAGUUGGUGGAGGAGAGUGGAACAGGUGGGUUUGCGAAUGGAGCAGCCCCAGGGUGGUGGGGGAGGGGGGAAGGGGGUGGGUACAUGAACGUGGUGGCCCACCACCCGCAACACACUGCGCCGUACCACCACGAGCAGCCCGGCUUCGACCCGCAGACGUGCAUCAACCUGAAGGGGUUUGAGUUCUCGGAUUUGGAUCACGCGCUGCUGGGGGAGGAUCCCGCGAUGCGCUCCCACGCGGCGAGGCUGCAUCAGCUCAGCGCACAGUCGCAACACGGCCACGCUGUGCAAGGGUUUCACCAGGAGGCGUCGUACCACCCGCAAAUGGGUGGCGUCGUGCACGGCGACCCUACGGGCAAGUUCCCAACCUACCAACGGAACGAUUACCACGCACAGCAGAUUCAAGGAGGAGAGAGACACCAGCUGUACAGAAACGGCAAUGGAGCAGAUUAUUCCCAGUUUGUUGGGAUGCACACAAACGUUGCUAUGAAGCACCAUCCGAGAAACGCGGUGUACCAGGGACUCGCGGACAUGCCGGGAUCGGUACCGGGUCAGUUUGCACGGACUCAAGAGACCGAGGCUUCAGCUAGGACUCAGCCUACAGACCACUGGCAGCAUCGAAACUUUCCCAACCAAGGUAUGACCAUCCAUCCUGCACCUGCCCAGCUCCAGAACAAUGCUGGUAUGGACAGUUUUGAGAAGGUCGCACAGACGGAGCUGCAGAUGCGAAUGCUGUACGCGCAGCAAAGCGCUGCGGCACAGCAGCGGAGCAUGUUGUCUCCGGUACAGGCGAACACUCCCAGCCCGGCAGUACAGAAGCAGUGUGCGGCGGGAGGGUGGCAGCCGGCGCCGCUAGUCAGCCGCAGCUCUAGCAUCAGCUCCACCCACUCCAAUCUGAGUGGGACGUCUGGUCAAUGUUUCUCACCCUGCAUGCAGACCCCCACCCCCAUCCCACAGUCCCCCUGUGGACCGGUCCCACAGUCGCCGUGUCAAGCCCAGCAUCCCCCGCACCGGUCCCCGAACCUCUCGUCCCUCCGUGUUGUUCAGGAGGAAGGGGCGCGUUGGUCCUGUGAACAACCCACACAGGUCAUGCAGCAGACUGUUCCCCAGCAAGGCCCCGCUGAUCCUCCCAACCCUCUACUGGAGAGACAGGCAUGGGAGCUACAACAGCAGAGGACUGGAUCAGUUGUGCUGAACAACACGGAGAGAGAACAGUGCACUGCCUGGUCCCCAAACUUCCCCAUCAGUACAGAGCAGCAGCACAACGUCUUGCCAAACCACAUGCAGGGGGAGGAAAACGUCUUCAGUUCUCAAGACGGUUUGCAGGUCGGGUACAACCCUUCCUUGCCCAAGGUCGAGAGGGAAGUGGAGAUCCCGCGUCUUCAGAUGGCGAGUCCGCCAGUGCCUUACCAGAUAGACAUGAGCAGACUGGAAGCCAAGGAUCAAAACUUCCAGCGACAGAUUCACAUCGUACAGAACACGCCUGUCGAAGGCGGGGGGUACACCUACCAACAAGAACAGUCCGUGCCGGAGUCUCCGUCUUUCCAGACGCGACACUCGGAUCAGUUCUAUUCUGGUUUCAACACCCAAAGUGGCCUUUCUUUACCUGCUACGUCUGUGAGCAAUACAGAGGUACCCAAGGAGGUUGUGCACCAAGAUCUUGUAGUACCACUCUCGCAAGAACAGAGGCUCAGCCAUCCAGCAUUGCCUAUGGUUGCAGAGAACGACACCGAGGGUGUAGACUCUAAAGUGGCACCAAACUUCUUGUGGCCUUCUGAUGGUGUGUCAAAGAGCGAGCAAGUCAUAAGCAAUAGUUCCCAAGUUACGACGUCGAUUGCAAAUAACUACAGAGAUACCGCGUCGGACUUGCCCGAUUUGGAGUCGACGAGGCCGAGAACACAGAACGUUCUUGCCGCCUUGUCCACUGCCUGCCAUAACCUGAUCACAAACCUGCAGAGAUCUACAUAUAAUCUGUAUGAAACAGUGGGUAAAGAGGAGAGAGCUCAAGGCACACUGGAAUACGGAGGUUUGACAUGGGGCAGUAAUGAACACAUUAGUCAGGAUAUGUGGAAAGGAGAGGUGGAUGAAGUUUCGGGUUUGCCUUCUGUUGGCUCGAACAAUGAGCUACAUAAAGUAGCACCAGUAUGUAACCACACAGAUGACUCGCUAUCCCAGACAAGCUGUAACGGAGCUAGUCUUUCUGCGAGCUUAGAAAAUGAAGCGGUGCCUACAAGGAAGAGACGGGCCUCAGAAGACGACGUUCCGACAAAAGGAAAGAAACUUAGGAGCAAAGGUGCGGACGUGGUAAAAGAAAAACAGGAUGGAAACUUUACAACCGACAUAUUAGACCAAGAGAAAGGUGAUUUUAAUGCUUCAUUUCCUAUACAGGAUGGCAUAAAAAGUACAGACACUACAAGUAGCUUGAAUCCUGUUUCGUUACAGAACACAGAUACAUCCUUACAUCUCACAAUUGUGAAUGGGAACGUGUAUCCAGCCUCUGGUCCUAACCCACAGCCAAAUCCUGUAGUAGUGCCACAGCAGGUCGCAGAGGUUCAGGAAGAAACCACUGACAGCGGCGAAGCAAAGGUCUGUGAACGGAACAUGCAGUACGACAGAGAAGACUCGGUAACGCCGGCGGUCGCAACUCUUUGUACGCAGAUGGGAUCUUCGGAGACUUGUCAGUCUGACAGUGGAUUUGAGAAAGAGUACUACUUGGCAGGCCAAGAUGACCAGUCGAUCCCACAACUGGAGAACUCUGGAUUGGUCAAGCCAGACCAAGAAGACAGGAGUGCAGGGGAGAGCAGGCCUUUGGCUGGGGAAGACAGACACCCUCUCGAGAUUCUGCAGGCACAGAUUCGGCUCCAGCAACAGCAGUUCAACCUAGCACCGACAGAAAGAGCGUCGUCCCGGCCUAGUUCAGCACCCUGCACUACAGACAGCAAGGAGGCGCUGUUGGAGGACACUUGGUACCAACCCAGCAGCCCUGGUCCUGGUGACACCAGCAGGGCACCCUGGGAAAAGAACAGGGAGAAGAUGAUCAAGAUAGAAGAGUUGGAGCCCGGUUCCGUAGAUCGUCGCCUGCUGCACAAGCUGAACGAGCAGCGGCGCCGGGACAGCCUCAAGAGCGCCAUCUACUGUCUGAAGCAGGCCAUCCCAGACUGCAGGGACUCCUCCGACCAGAGCCAACAGAACGUCCUCAAUAAAGCCAACAACUUUAUUUUGGAGAUGCUGGAAAAGCAGAGGAAUGCUGAUCAGUGUAGAGAAGAAGUGAGGAACUUGAGAGCCAGAAACCUGGCCCUACAACAGGGCAUCUCAGCCUUACAGAGGGAGUACAGUCAUCUCAGCAAGCACCCAUAACAGUUGUCAACAAGGGAGCUGCAAGAGUAGAACAGUUGUCUUUU